CACCGAAUUAGUCCCGUCCCGUGCUUCUGCUCCCUUGCAGAACCUUGCGGCGACGAUUCUCCAAAGGGGGUUGGGCGUCGGCGCCGCAGACCUCGCCGUAGUGGUGGCCCCUCGCACCUGCUCCCAACCGGCGUCCCCCCCGAUGUGGCGGCUGCCCGGGCUGCUCUCCCAGGCCGCCGCGGCCGGGAGGGCGGCGGCGAGGACCCGCAGCAGCGACGUCAGGGGUUCCAAGGGGUUCUCCAGCGGCGGGGACGGGUCCCCGCUGCCCCGGGGGUGGCUGCGGAGGCUGUGGGUUGAGGAGCUGAAAAGGGAGAAGGAAGCUGCGAGGAGACUGGGGGGAGGCGCCUUGGUCUGCAAGGCCGAAGGCGUUGGCGAGGAUUCGCUCGGCUAUUUGGCCAACGCCGCGCGCGCUUUCGUGAAUUCCGGGUCCGCCGCGGCGGGGAUUGACAAGGUGAGGGCUGGGGGAGCGGCCCGCGGCGAGGUGGCCCCGUCUAAAGGCGGCCACUAUGAUCCCAAGGACCUCCCAUACCUAGAGGCCAAACUGGAGCCUCUCCUCUCAAGAGCCAACCUCCUUAUAGCCAGAGAUGUGGAAUGGGCGAAUAUCAUGUUUGCUUUCGAGCAGGAGAGUAGAUAUAUCAUAAUGGAUCCACUCUUUUCCCAGUCUCCUGUAGGAUAUAUUCGAGAGAAAAGCAAUGUCAUCUUUAGGCAGUUACUUCGGUCGAGACGGCCAUUUACUGCACAAUUUACUGAUGCUAUGGGUAAUGAGAUAUUCACGGUCCGCCGGCCAUUUUGGUUCAUCAACAGCUCCAUUUAUGCAGAAGUGGAUGGCAAGGAGGUAGGUGUAGUCCACAGGCGCUGGCAUCUUUGGCGUAGAAUUUAUGAUCUGUACUUAGGGAACAAGCAAUUUGCUGUGGUUGAGAAUCCUGGAUUUUGGAACUGGACCUUUACCCUUAUUGAUGAAGAUGAAAAUGUGUUGGCCCAGAUUGACCGUAAUUGGAGGGGAAUUGGUUUUGAGCUUUUUACGGAUGCUGGCCAGUAUGCAAUUCGGUUUGGUGAUGAUGGACAAAGCAGUAGACUUGGUCUUGGUUCAGAUAUCGAAGAACUAAACGUUGUUCGCCCGCUGAGUUUACCUGAAAGGGCCGUAGCUCUUGCUCUGGCGGUGUCCCUGGACUCGGAUUACUUCUCCAGGAGAGGGGGCUGGGGACUGCCUUUUCUCAUCGCCACAGAGUAGACGCGCAUACGAAUGCCAUCCUCUCAGUUCACAGCGGAACUUAAAUUGCCAGUUCUUACCAUUGAUGUCUGAAGAAGCUGGUGGCAUUCACUGUCAUCACACCAUUGAGAUCAUUACACAAGUGUACCGUGUUUUUUUCGUUACCGUGACCGUACUUGGUUGCUCACUUCACUUGGGCUUUUCGUAUGAAUUUUAGUGCACUCUCAGUGGUUCGACAGCUCA